AUGAAAGGCGCUACCAAUCAAAAGAAAGCAUCUCCAAUGAAAAAAAGAAUAAAAAACCACUAUGAUGAAUCUUCUGCAGUCAAAGUAAAGAAAUCGCAUAAAUCGCUGAUUGAAAAAAUUCAUAAUACAACGAUAACCGCACCAUCAUCUACUAAUGCCUCUUUUAAUAUAAACCCAUAUAGCAUUGGAAUUUUUUCUAGAGGCUGCUCACCUGAGGCAUUAACACUAGAGCUUAAAUUAACAGAAAAAUUGAGAGAAUUAUCCCUCAGUGAAAGCGACUCAGUUAUGACACAAUCCAAAUAUGAAGUAGUCCAGGAAAUUUUCCCUUUUAAAAAUUUUACUAUUUUUUUAUUGAAUUUUAGAUAAUAAAAUAGAGAUAUAAUAUGAAUAUUUUGCCUCAGAAAAGUAAUAUCAGCCAAGUAGUCAAAGAAAUUUUUGAUGAAGUAGUUAACAGAGAUGUUAGCUUUGGGCCGAUACUCUUAAAAAUAAGAGACUAUUAUGAUUUAUGAAUCACAAAUUUGCAAAAAAAUGAUAAGCCAGCUAAUAUUGAUGAUUUUUUAAGAGAUGUCACAGAUAUGAAGCAGGUUUACCAACAAGAUUUCAGCUGCUUAAAAUUUAUGACAAAAGAAAUUGAAAGACUUGCACGAGAAAACGGAGAAAUUGCCAAAGAUCUUAAUGAAAAGUCUCAAAAAUGCGAAGAAAUUGAAGAAAGAUUAAAAAAGAUUUCCAGUGUAAACGUUGAUUUUGUGUCCAAAGAUAUUGAAACCUGGAAAUUUAUUGUUUCAGAAAAUCGGGCAUAUGAGAAUUUAAUAGCAAAAUUAAAAAAACAGCUGAAUAAAUAUAAGUAUAAAGAGCAAAAACUGAUGGAGUUAGUAAUUGCUUUGAAGAAUCAUGGAUAUCCAGUAGAAGAAAUUUAUAACAAAGAAAUAAGGAAUCCUGGAUAUUCUAAGGAUGAGGAAAUUUACUCAUAUGCUUAAUUUCUGAUUAGAAUUAGUUAGGCAUUGAUAAGAACGAUCGAGCUCACAAUAGGAUGUCACCAGGCGACGUUCCAGCUAUUUACUGACUUACUGUGCAGUUCAUAAUCUUCAAUAUCAUGAUCAUCCUCUAGGUUUUGCUUAGUGCGUGUACAGCCCAUGACUUUGAGUGUGUAUUCGCAGUUUCAUUAGAUAGCCUAUCAGUGGGUGAAUUGCCCGUUAAAAUUACAAUUUGGUCUGACUAAAAUUAUAAGUUUUGGUCGGACCAAAUUGUGAACUCAGCGGGCAAUUCACCCACUGAUAGGGCUUUAAAGGGAAUUUUCUAUAAGUAUAUAUGCAUAAAAUGGCGAUGACGUCCUCAUGUGAAAGUUACUCAUGCUUAUCCGGGAAUGGUUUUGGAGCUGGGAAUUGUCCAACAGUAUCUACUGACUUGUAGUGAUGGUCUUAAGCACAGAACUGUAGUUAUGUGGCCUGAUCCAAUGAGUAGUUAUUUGCGACUUAUUUUUGCCGGCAACGCCCAGGCUACUGUGCGCCUAAAUGAAGUAGAAGUUACCUAUUCAAGUUGCUACUGCGGUUUGCCUCAAAUCGCCUAAAUGGUUGAGUAUUUUUCAAGUAACCUGCAAAAAGAGGAAGAUACAUUUUAUCGGCGGCUCCUUUGGCUAAAGGUCCCUUAAGUGGGGCGAUCUGCCAGGAGUAGGAGACAGGAGUUGGCGUAAUAGGGGUGAAGGGACUGAGUUGGAAAUGGUGAUACUCAGCAAUGAUCUAAGGAACAAAGCAGGGCAUUCACUACCUAGGAACCAAAGUAUCGGCCUGGGCUUAGAGGUGCCAGGGUGGAAGUCAACCCAAUUCGCCUAGGCCACCACACAACUCCUAAAGAAGCUGCGCAGAAUUCCACUUGUGGAAGAGAGGACCUUAAAUAUUUACCGUCUAGCAUAACACAGCAUAAAGUAUGAAGGUUUGAGACUAGCUUUCUUUUGCUCCAUCUCAACCUUCACAUAUUCUGCUCUGGCCUCUUUGCAUUGACCCUCUACAUGGCACCCGCAGCUAGGUGCUGAGUCAGAGAAAGCAGCCCUUUCAGCGGGCAAACCACCUGCAGAGGGAAGGGUGAGGAAACAAAAAAAGAAAUUUUUGACAAAAACACAACGAGUUUGUCAUCUAAAAAAGAAAAUGAAAGCAGCUAA